AUGGCACUUUAUUCCUCCCCUAGUGCUAAAGUUGUAACGUCAGGAAUUCUGUCCGACCCUGUCCAUAUAACAAAUGGAACUCAUCAGGGCUUCCCCCUCAUCAUAGAACCACUGGCCCACUCAAUUCGCACCAACUCUCUUAUAUCUGGAAUCAAAGUUGGCGACCUCCAUCACAAAAUCAGCCUAUAUUCCGAUGAUGUGAUCCUCUUCAUAAUUAGCCCAACACAAUCACUCCCUCACGUCCAUCAUACUCUAGACCUUUCUAGCAAAGCCUCCAUCGUUAAAAUGGUGGAGAUAAAAGGUGAAAAAAUGAAGCUCCAGAUAUGGGACAAGGCAGGGGAAGAGAGGUUCCGCUCCAUCACGCAGAGUUAUUACUGCAGUGCCAACACCUUGAUAUUAACCUACGACAUUACCUGUGAGGAAUCCUUCCGGUGCCUUCCACAAUGGCUGAGGGAGAUAGAGCAAUAUGCAAACAACAAAGUCAUCACUGUGGGGAACAAAGUAGACCUGGCCGAGAGAAGAGAAGUCUCCCAGCAAAGAGCUGAACAGUUCGCAGGCUCCCAAAACAUGUAUUACUUGGAAACCUCUGCCAAAGAGUCGGACAAUGUGGAAAAACUGUUCCUGGACUUGGCGUGCCGCUUAAUUAGUGAGGCCCGACAAAACACGUUGGUAAACAACAUGGACUCUUCCUUGCGAGGAGAGGGCAAGAGCAUCAGCUAUUUGAACUGCUGUAACUUUAACUAG